CGAGCUGCAUUCCACUAUGAUCCGGCAAUUGAUUAUUGUGCCGACAAAUCGGUAACAAUUGGGGAAAUGAAAACAAUUUGUAAAUAUUGUAAGGCGUUAAAAUACACUGGUGAAUCUACUGGAUUAUGUUGUGCUCAAGGCAAAGUAAAAUUGCCACAAUUGGUCCCACCACCAGAUCCUUUACGCUCUUUAGUUUCUGGGAUUGGAAAUGAUUCUAAGCACUUCUUGACCAACAUUCAGAAAUAUAACAACUGUUUCCAGAUGACAUUAUUUGGUGCUACACAUAUUAUAUAAGAAUAUUUUUUUAUAUUAUUCAAGUUUGUACUAAAAUAUAUAUAUCGGAAAUAAUUAAUGGACAAAUUUUUAAAAAUUACAGAUACAAGGACAAAUUUAUCACUUACUGGGAACUCUGUUACCACUACCUGAUGCAGAUCAUCAAUUUUUACAAAUUUAUUUUAUGGGCAAUUCAGAUGCGGAAAUUAAUAAUCGUUGUGCUCACAAUCCAACCAUUGUCCAACAAUUACAAAUGUUUCUUCAUCAGUAUAACAAUUUAGUAAAUAUGUUCAAAAUAGCAUUGGAUCGGAUGCCAUCUGAUAGCCAUAAUAUUAUUAUUCGAGCUGACAAAACACCUGCCGGUGAACACACAAGGAGGUUCAAUUCACCUACCAUUGAUGAAGUGGCUGUUGUCAUUGUGGGAGAAAAUUUACAAUCUAGAGAUAUUGUGCUUCAUCGUCGGAAUAGUGAUUUAAAACGUGUAUCUGAAACACACAGGAGUUAUGAUGCACUACAAUAUCCUUUGAUCUUCUGGCAGGGGGAAGAUGGAUACCAUUUUAAUAUUAAAAUGGUAAAUCAAGUAACAGGUGCUGAAACCAACAAAAAAGUUAAUGCUAUGAAUUUCUAUUCAUACAGACUCAUGAUCCGUCAAGGUGAAGUAAAUCAUAUUUUGAUGUGUCAACGACUUUUUCAUCAGUUUGCAGUUGACAUGUAUGUCAAAAUUGAGACUGAACGAUUGACAUACAUCCGUUUGAACCAACGACGGCUACGGUCAGAGGAAUACAUCCAUCUCCGCGAUGCUAUAAAUGCUGAUGGCAAUGUGAAUAAUGUAGGAAGAAUGACAAUUUUGCCAGCUACUUAUAUAGGAAGCCCACGCCACAUGCAUGAAUAUGCUCAGGAUGCUAUGUCAUAUGUUAGGCAUUAUGGUCGCCCAGACUUAUUUGUUACAUUCACAUGUAACCCAAAAUGGUCCGAAAUCGAGAAGGAAUUACUACAUAGCACUAUGGGCCAGAAGACCAAAAAAUUUGGCCAAAAGUCAUUGAAAGAUUUUUCAAAAUGCAAUAUAGUAUCAUAAUAUAGAUAAGUGAAAGUAGUUAUUUUGUAAAUGUUAUAAGUUUUAAUGAAAUAUUUAAGCUUGUAAUAUAAGUUAAUAUAAGUGUAAGGCUUAAAUGAUCACCAUAUAGCUAUUGUUCUAAACUGUCACUGUUUUACUGAAAUGUAGUAUUUGUCAUUAAUUAUAUUGCAUUUUCUCAUUAGUUGCAAUCAUGUAGUAUGUGAAAAUAGUCAAUAGCUGAAAAAAUAAAUCUGAUGUUAGAAAUAUUGAGAAUAAUUGUGAAAAAUUUUGUUUUUUUUUACUACUUGUUAAUACGCCGAUUGAGCCUUGCGCAAAACUCCAGAAGC